AUGGGGCCGGCUGGGCGCCAGUUUGCAGCCCUGCUCUGGAAGAACUGGCUCUGCAGACUCAGGCAUCCGGUCCUUUCUCUUGCUGAAUUCUUUUGGCCAUGUAUCCUGUUCAUGAUUCUGACAGUGCUACGCUUUCAAGAACCUCCCAGACACAGAGACAAUUGUUUUUUGCAAGCCCGGGAUCUGCCCAGCAGAGGCGUCUUCCCCUUUGUCCAGGCCCUUCUUUGCAACACCGGGUCAGUCUGCAGGAACAUGAGCUACGCGGGGCCGACGGAGCACCAUUUACGUUUGUCUAGGUUCCAGGCUGCAGCUGGCCGUCACGAGAAGGUCAACGACCUGGCCUUCCUGGAAGAGAUACAGGACCUUGCCGAGGAAAUUUGUGAAAUCUUGGACAAGGCAAAAAUCCUACAGGAACUGUGGGCAGGAAGAUCCAAGGCUCCAGAUUCUUCUCCCAUCUCCAGUUUUUUAGCCAUGGAUCUCAAUAAGACCGAGGAGGUGAUCUCGAAAUUGGAAAAACUCCACCAGCAGCCUCACAUCUGGAAUUUUCUACUUCUUCUGCCAAGACUGUACGAAAACAACAUUCGAGUGGAAGACCGAAUCCUUGAUGGGGCACACCUCCUCCAGGCGGCUUUGAAGUCCUUGGCAACUUUGGAAGAUUUAGAUUGGCUGCCACUCAACCACACUUUCUCCACGGUUUCUGAAAUCGUGCUGAACGUGACCAUGUCGAUGCUGACAUUUCUGCAGGAGCAUGGAGUGGUCACCGCUGAGUCCAGAUACAACCUGUCCCUGCAAGAGCUGGUGUGGGAUCCACAGACGGUCCGGGCUGACCUCAAAUCCCGAUUUGGUUUCGAUGACCUUCGUGCAGAACAAAUCCUGAAUUACUCAGCUCGGCUGCAGGAGAUUCCCACAGUGGAGGCCUUGGAGCAGAUGGUGUGUUCUGUCUUGUCCCGAACCUCUGAGGACGAAGCUGACCAAACGGGUCAUGCCAGAGACUGUCAUCCCCGCUGGUCCGAGGCCACAGACUACCUGGUGCACGCGGUCAACUGGCUGCAAGUCUAUAAGCAGGUGUUCGAGUGGUGGCGGAAGGGCAGCAUGCUCCAGCAGGUGCUCGCCGGGGCUGCCCGCGGCCUGGAGGCUCUCGGCAAUGCGUUUGUGGAAGAGCGUGAGCCACGGCAGGUGGUGGAGGCUCUGUAUGCUGUGCUUCGCAUCCUGAGUGAGAGCUUGGCGGCAGAUGGCCCCACCAGCAGCCAUCCAUCUCCCAAGACGUUACCGCAUCUACAGAAGUUGGAGAAUGUUCUUUGGAACCUGCCCCCGUGGUGGCCGGCUCUGAAGAGAUUGCUUCCACGCCUCGGGGCUCUCAGGAACGCGAUAGCCCAGAAUUUGCGUUUUGUGCAAGAAGUGCUCACGUGCCUGGAGAGAUCAGCUAAUAGCUCCACACUGGGCGGACCUGACCAGUUGCAACCGGAAAAGGAUGUGCUCUUUUGGUGGAAGCAGCUCUUGGUGCAGAAUGCUACGGACUGGCAUCUAAACGCGAGCUUGUCUGGGAGGGAGGCUCUCCUGUGUUGUGGGAACCCUGGGGCCUGGGAGGGCCUCCGAGGGCUGACGUGUCCCCACGACUCCUCCGACAAGACCAGCAUUUUAAACAAGCUACAGAGGUCAGCAGAGGACGUGGAUCGCCUUUUGCAAGAGGUCGUCACUGGGCGCACAGAUGUGCCAGUUUCGGGACCCGAGGGAUUUCUGGGCUGGCAGGAAGUGGUGGUGCAGCUGGUGGACGUGGGCCUUUCCUGCAGGCGGCUCUGCCGGUGGCUGGGAGCGGCCACCUCACCCGGGGACCGUGACCUUGCUGGUGACUGUAAGGACCAGCUUGCCACAGCACUGAUAUUUCAUGCACUAGGAAAAGUACAGUUGUCCCUGGAAGAAACAUCCUGCUGGAAAGGCUUACAGCUUUAUCAGGAGACCUGUGAACUGGUCCACCUCGUGAACAUGCAAGGAAGCGUCCAGAACGGUCCGUCUGCUUUCUCUGAGGAAUCUCCUUGUUAUGAAGAAAACAUGGAUUGGGAAGUCAUCACCGAUAAUUAUUUCACAUUUCUGAGGAACUUACUCAAGUUUCCAGGUGCUUCCAUCUCCAGGGUCUUGAAUUCCACAAAGGAACUUUUCAUGAUGGAAAAGAAGUUGCAUUCCUUCGAGGACGAGGAUAUAAACUUUUUUUUAUCUUUUGUGGGAUUUUUGGAGAAAUUAUUUCCUGAUUCUUUCGACUCACCCAGCAUGCCCAAAUUCCAUGCCCUCCCAUCUCUCACGGAGACUCUUCUGAACACAAGCCACUUGUGGGUAAAUCAUUUAAGAAGUUUAGAGAGUGACCCAUCUCCUAUUGAUACUCAGAAACUUUUGGAAUUUGGCAAAGCGGUGAUCGACAAAAUAGAAACUCUUGAACGUCUCUGGAUAAAGAAUGAAUCGAACAAUAUUUUGAGGUUCAUGGAAUUAGUACUUUCUGAAAUUGAUCCCAAGCUCCUGGAAUUGUGGAUGUAUGGCAUUUCAAAAGGAGAAAGAGUUAAAUUGGAAACCUUGUCUACACUUCUUAAUUUUUCUGUCCCAGAAGAUGAGACGGUCCUUAGCAAGAGCCUUAACUUUUCCCAGUUGUUCCAUUCAGACUGGCCUCAAUCGCCAGCUAUGGAAAUGGACUUUGUACAUUUGAGUGAAACUGUGAUAUGCAGUCUCUAUGAAUUUGGAUUUCUGAAGCAGGGACAAGUCUCUGAAGCUCUGGACACAGUCUAUGCUAUAAGGAAUGCAUCUGAACUUUUCUCAGCCCUUUCUGAGCCCGAAAGACGAGAUGUUGAUACGAUCUUGACUCAGAUAUAUCUACAUGUCUUCCAGGACAAUGAUUCAGCUUUGCUUCUGAAGAUUUAUUCUUCAUGUUUCCAAUAUAUUUAUAAAUUCUUGAGCAUUCCGAGCACAGAACCUUUACUAUCUUUCCUCGCACAAACCUCAGAGCACAUUUUGGAUAUCAUAAAGCAGUUCGAUUUUCAAAACAUCGGUAAAGCAUUUGCAUUUUUGUAUGAGACAGCAGGGGUUCUUGAGGGACUUUCUGAGGGAUCUUCUUGUCAGCAGUUGCUUUCAAUUUUUAACUACUUGGAGCUUCAAGCCCAAUCCCUGAUGUCUACAGAGGGCCCAGAACUGGGAGUGAUCCAUGCCACAUUGACAGGCCUCAAACAGCUGCUCAUCGUAGACGAAGAUUUCCAUAUUUCUUUCUUUCAAUACAUGAGCCAACUCUUCAAUGGAUCAGUCGAAGCCCUGUUGGGUAAUGAAUGCUUUUCCUUGGAUAAUAAGAACAUCUCUUCUGUAGAUUAUUCAAUAGAUAGAGGGUCUUCAUUUAUUCUUGCGUGGGCACAAAUUCUUUCCAACCUCUCAGCGAACAGCAGUACAUUCAAUGAGUUAAUGGCUGUUCACUGUACUGUUUCCUGGCUUCAAAUGUGGACUGAAAUCUGGGGAAGCAUAUCUCAAAUCUUCCAGUUUGACAUGGACGUUUUCACUCCUCUGCACGUUGGUCUCACUCAGCUUUUGGAUGAAUUGGAAAGUGAUGUGAAAAUUUCUCAAAGCUGCCAGGGAAUAUUUCCCACCCAUCGCCCUGCCAGACUCAUACUGAAUUUGUUUAAAAAUGUAACUCAAGCUGAUGGCUUUCAUGAUUGGGAUGAUUUUUUGACUCUCAGAGAUCUCUGGGUAGUAUUAGGUGAUGCAUUAGUUAGGGUAAAGUCACUUAGCCCCAACCAAGUAGGGAAGUCCCUUUUCACCAUGGAAACUGCCCUGCGUCAGCUGAAGACAUUUCCCUUAAACACAAAUGCAAGCAGAGAGUUUUUCUAUUCUCUGCUUGACGUUUUCAUGGAGUUAAGUGAUACCUCAGCGUACACCGACAGAAACAUCCAACUAAUAAAUCACUUGCUUUCAAAUAACGUCACAAAUUAUGGAGUGAAGUUUGAAAAUGUGGUCACCAAGCUAAGAGAAACAAUGUUAUUGCUUCGAAAUGUGUCACAUGACCAAGAUUUAUUGUCCUGUGCUGAUAUUUUCCAAAAUGUUACUGAGUUUAUUUUGGAAGAUGGCUUAUUACACGUAAAUACUUCACAGAGGACAUUACGUAUUCUGGCCAUGUUAAAUUCCACAUUUUCCUCCGAGGACAUGAUUAGCAGACUGAAGGGAUGCGUUGCAUGGGUAGACAUCACAAACCAUCUGUACAUGAUGUAUAACUCCAGUGUUGCACAAGCCUAUUCUCAGGGUAAUUGGAGGAGUUUCAGAGAUGUGAAAGACAAAAUUAACUCUACAUUGAAGCUUGUUACUUGGAUUCUCAAUAUAAAGGGACCUCACUGCACAUUGAAUAAGUCAGAUGUAAAUUGUGUGAAUAUUAUAUUGAAAAACGUAACUGACUUUCUGAAUGCCGUGCUCACUGAAGUCUUUGAAAAGGAAAAGGUACCCAAAUUUGAGAUCUUAUUAACCCUUUUAAAUGAUUCCACAAACCAAGUAAGGAUGAUUAUCAACAACUUGACAAGAGACUUUGAUUUUGUAUCUCAAUCCAACUGGCCACGUUUUACUGAAUUAAUUCUAAGACCCGUAGAAUUGUCAGAUGACAUGCCUAGCCAGUUUACAAAUCUUGGGCUGCAUUUAGUAGCUCUGGUGAAGGAAAUUCAGAAAGUUAGGAAGGAUAUUUCCACUCACAUCUUAGAAAAUGACUCCUCUUCUACAUCUGAAAAGUUUUUAAAUCCAUUUGUUACCAGUCCAAAAGAAAAGGAUGUCAACAGGUUAGGCAGUUCAUUUUAUCAUUUAGUCAGCUACCUUGCCUUCAACUUCUCUCAUGAUCUCCAAAAUACACCACAAAUAAUUCCACACAAAGUCAUGAACGCUGUAGGUCUUGGUAUCCAACUGAUUAGGGAUGUGUUCAACUCCCUGGCGCCCUCGGUUCUUCAUAAUAUUCCACAAGAUCCAGGUGAUAUUCAAGUUUUCAAGAAGGUAGCGUCUCUCCUGCACACUCUCAAGAAGACAGACAUAGACCUGCUGGUCGACCAACUUGAGCAAAUGAGUGAAAGCCUAAUGGAUUUCUUUAAGAAUAUCAGUAGCUUAGGUACCGGCAGUUUGGGGACCAACCUGCUUGUGGGCUUGGUGGAAAAAUUUGUAGACAGCUCACAUUCUUGGAGUGUUAAUCAUCUGCUGAAAUUCUCACGCUUGUUCCCUAAGGAUGAUGUUAAUGCUGUGGUAGACGUGUACUACAUGCUUCCUCAUGCCGUGAGGCUCCUGCAGAGGGGAGUUGACAAAAACAUGACAGAGGUCCUCAAGGAUGUCCAUAACUUCACUCUCCUUCAUGGCAUAAGCACUUCCAAUGUCACCAAGGAAGACUUUGCUAUCGUGAUAAAACGUCUUUUGGACGCAGUUGAAUUAAUAUCAGAGAAAUCAGGAAUUCUUUCCGAGGCUUUCACUUGCCUUCCUGUGGUUUGGUGCUGGAAUCAUACAACUUCUGGGUUUUGGCAGAAUCCGAAGUUAGAUGCCUGUAAAUCCUAUGAGCUCACAUCGUCUUUCUUUUAUAGCAAAGUGGCCAGUCUCCUCAAGCACCUCCACCUCUCUCCCCCAGGUGAAGGUUUACAGUGUUUGGAUGAAGGCUCACAGAAGGAGAUUAUAAGGAAGAUGGUCUGUGUAAUUCAUGAACUAGCGCAUUGGAAUUCCAUUCUUCUAGAGCUUUCUGAAGUCUUCCAUGUUAAAAUUUCACUUGUGAAGACCAUGCGGGAAUUUUGGCAUAAAGUGUUACCAUUUGUCCCGUCGUCCGAAAAUCAAAGCAAUGGCAGCAUCUCCGAACUUUGUCCCAGUGGCCCCAUAAAGCAAAUUGCUUCGCGAAUCUUAGCAAAAUUAAAAAAUGUUAACUUUACAAAAAUUCCAUUAGAUGGAAAUGCUCCUGAUACACUAGCUCGUUUAAACAAGAUCCUUAACAUUAGUGAAGGCACAGAGGCAUCUCUUCAAAAUACGAUUUCUUUCAAUUUGGAAAAGAUCAUGAAAUUGCCUUCUGGGGAUCAGCACCUAGAAAAUAGUACCCGUUCUCUGGACCCUCCAUUUGUGACGUUUCUAGAUGCCAAUCUGACAGGCAGUAAUUUAGAAGCAUCAAGUUUUACUAAAAAAAGAGAAGCAACUUACAACUUUUCUUACUUUGAGGAGCUAGGGCUUGAGCUUGAACAAAUCAUGAUAGAUCUAGGCCACGACUUUCCUAUCAGACCCCUGCUUUCUGAAAUUAUCAAAGAAAUUUGGAUGAUUAAUUCAGAGACUCUUCAAAACCUAACUUUGCAACUUGCCCAUUUUUUUGAAAGCCUGGAGGAGACCCUAAAUCAUCUAAUCACAAGUUCAUUUAUUUUAGACAAGGGAAAAUUUUAUUUUGAUCAUCAUCAAGGACUGAAGUUAAUGAGAGGUUUAUUUAAUGCUCUUCUAAGGGAAACCCCAGGGAAAAAUAAGACCGAAAAUAAUUCGGAGUUUCUUGUGGUCAUGAGUCAGUUGCUCUUUCACAUGAACAGCUCUGAGGAUCUCCUCCAACUCAGUCACAAUCUUAGGUCAGCUCUUCAACUUGUGAGAGGAAGUUCUACGGAGCUAGCACGUCUCAUGGAUGUACUGGUAAACUCUCCUCAUGAGGGUUUCCGUGACUUGUAUCCUACACUCCGAGAAGUUAUACUUUCCAAUCUAACUGGUUUGCUUUCCUUUACAAAUAAUUCAUUCCCUCUAAGAAACAGGGCAACAUUAGACAAUAUUAAGAGAUUGCUUGGUGUUAUCUCAAGGGCUGGUGGAGAAAGUGGUGCCCUAGAGCCCCUCUUGGAAAUGUCUGAUACCCUGACCAUGCUGGUGAGGGACAUCGCUGAGAUGAGAGAUCUUGCCACCUCGGUGACCUCCGCUGUGGAACUUGUGGGGCUAGCCACGAAAGUUGCCAAGAAGAUGGCCACCAUAUUUGAAAUUCAUUCCAUCUCCAAUACCACUGACGCUAUGAAAUUCUUUGGCAGUCUCUAUUCCGUUUUGCAACAAAGUGUUCAAAACGUCGUGAGUGAAUUAACUACUUUGAAGAAUGUAGACCAUUUCAUAUCUGAAAAUAUAAACGACUUGUUGACACCAUUUCUUGACUUGGCUUUUGGGAUGAUUGGGGUCAAACUUAAUAUUUCACAAGACUCUGAUAUUGUCAACAUGUCUUCAAGCACAUUCUCAUAUGUGAACCAGUCUAAGGACUUUUCUGAUAUUUUGAAAGAAAUUGCUGAAUUUUUAACUUCUGUGAAAAGCAAUUUGGGAGCCAUGGAGCAUCUUGUGGUAGCUUUUAAUAAUGGGACUCGAAUAUUUGCUAUGGAUUCUGUCAGUGCAUGGGAAGAAAUUUUGGAUUGCUUAGUUCCUAUAAAUAAUAUUAUCAACCAGAUAGACUUUUUAUCUCCUAAUCCCCUUCCCACUCACAGUUACCCUCAAGGUACAACGUGGGAAAGAACCCAGGAAGAAAUCUUGUUUUUGGAUGAAAUGCUAUCCCAAGACAGCGUGGAAAUCGGGACUUACUUGAGAACGGUGAUUGAUCUCACCUUGGAAGCUCUCUGGAGUGACUUAGAGAAGGAUGACUGGAGUGUCUUUAACCUGUUGCUGACAUUAGCUCAGCAUCCAGAUAACUUUUUGAAAGCCAUAGAAACAGCUGGGGAGGUCUCUGGUGCAAGAGGUGAUCUGAGUGGAGCUUUGUUUUCCAACACCUCUCUGAUUCAGAACGUAAUUCAUCAACACCUUGAAGAAGCAGUCCAGAUCGUGUUAAGGAGAAUGGCUCUCUUGAGGAAGGAACUUCCCCUGGACAACUCUCAGGGGAGAAAUUCCAUGAGAACUUUGUUCCAGCCCAUUUUUGAGAGUUUUAUUAGUGCAGCCACUGGAAAGAAGAUCACAUCGGGAAAAGAAGAGAGGACCAAAAAGGAGAUGGCUGAUUUUCCUUACAUCCUCAAGCCGUUAUCAAGUUUCGAGCAAUUCCUGAAGGGAUUAAUUGCAUUGACGGAGUAUUGGCAAGAGGUCCCGCUGAUGGAGCAAAGUGUGGAAAUGUGUCAGAUGUUCCAGCAGCUUCAGAAGCCCCCGGAAACCAUCGCGACUCUGCAGAAAGCGACGGUGCUGUUUCUCCGUGGGAUCAUCAUUUUUGCAGAAAACCCUUCCUUGACCAAGGACAUGCUGUGUGCUGUUCUGAGCUGCAAACAAGGUGGGACGCGGAGUCUGAUCUUACCUGCUCUCCAGGGGGCCGCCGUGGUGCACGACCACUACAAGGAAAUACAAAAGAUGUGGUCCUCACCCCUUCAGCUAAAUUGUGAAGGUCUCCGCAGGAACCUUUCUAGCUCCUUGGAAAGCUUCAAGAGCAGCCUGGAGCACGCCACCGAGUGGGACUGUGAAUGCCCGCCGCUGUUGGACUUGGCUCGGCAGCACGUGCGCACGUUGGCCCCGAGCCUCGAGAAGACCUGGUUGUCUGGGAAUCCCAUGCUGGCCUUUCUUAGCAAUCUCACAGUGACGGGCGAUGUAAAAGUCAAAGAUUUGAUGCAGAACGUCUCCAAGCUAACCCACGAGCUUCGCUCUUCCAUCCACAUCUCAGACGAGACUAUCCACAGUAUUCUAGAAGCCAACAUCUCCCGUUCACAGGUGCUCUUGAGUACCCUCCUGGUGGCCCAGGCUGGAAGGUGUGAUGCAGACGUUCUCCGCCUGCUGGUGGCACUUCCUGAGGACCGGAAGUCUUGGUUUGCAGCCAAGGAACUGUGUGGCCUGCCCGGGCCCCACGUGUAUUCUCUGAUCGUGUCCAUGACUCAGAACCUGAAUCUACGCAAUGUCAUUUACAAAACUCUGAUGCCUUCAGAAGCCCACAGUGCACUCGGCUCCUUGUUGGAGGUGGUCUCCAGACUCAGCCACCUGCUUGCCAAAGCCGGCCACGUUCUGGAAUACCUCUCCGAAUUUCUUCAGGCGUAUAAGAUCACUGCCUUGCUAGACACGCCCGACUUCCAACAGGCUCUGCAACAUGGGCAGGCCAGAAGUUCAGCGUUCGGUUCUUUCCAGUUCGUGAUGAAGAAGGUUUGCAAGGAGCAAGCGCCAUUCUUCAGCGGCUCUAACUCGUUCUUUAGCUUGCCCAGAGUUAACGAGCUCCUGGGAGGGGACAAAGAAAAAUUCAACAUUCCUGAAGAUUCAACACCGUUUUGCUUGAACCUCUAUCAAGAAAUUCUGCAGUCUCCAAACGGCGCUUUGGUGUGGUCCUUCCUAAAACCUAUAUUACACGGAAAAAUACUGUACACACCAAAUACCCCAGAAAUUAAUGAGGUCAUUCAAAAGGCAAAUUACACGUUCCAUUUCGUGCACAAGCUAAAGACUUUAACAGAAACACUCCUGAAAAUGUCCAGCAUUUUUCAGAACGGUGGGAGUGGCCCGAUGCUCAGCCAACUGCAGGAAGCCCUGAGGAACAAAUUUAUAAGAAACUUUGUAGAGAGUCAACUGCACAUUGAUGUUAACAAGCUGACCGAAAAGCUCCAGGCUUACGGGAGAAAGCUGGACAAGCUGUUUGCUCACGGGGGCGCCAGACGCAUACUCUUCCUCGGCCGCAUCUUGGUCAACCUCUCCUCCUGCGUGGUGCUGAACCGUUUCCAGGCGCUGGAUUCUGUCACCAGCCUGGAGUCGAAAGCCCAUGAGCUCAUGCGGCAGAACAGCUUUUUGGCCAGUGUCAUAUUCAACACUUCCCUGGCCAGCAGGAGCCGGAGGGCCCUGUCUCUGCAGCUGCCACCCCACGUCACCUACACCAUCCGGACCAGUGUCUUAUACAGCAUGAGGACGGAUUUGGUGAAAAACCCUUCCUGGAAGUUUCAUCCUCAGAGCCUGCCAGCCAAAGGGUUCAAGUACAACUACAUCUUUGUCCCUUUGCAAGACAUGAUCGAAAGAGCCAUCAUCUUGGUGCAGACCGGGCAAGAGGCCGUGGAGCUGGCUGCACAGACGCAGGCCAUCCCGUACCCGUGCCACACCAGGGACCUAUUUCUGAACAAUGUCGGCUUCUUUUUCCCUCUGAUAAUGAUGCUGACGUGGAUGGUGUCUGUGGCCGCCAUGGUCCGAAAGCUGGUUUACGAGCGAGAGAUCCAGAUAGAAGAGUACAUGAGGAUGAUGGGAGUGCACCCCACCAUUUUCUUCCUGGCCUGGUUCCUGGAGAACAUGGCCAUGUUGGCCUUAAGCAGCGCCGCCCUGGCCGUCAUUCUCAAAGUGAGCGGCAUCUUCGCGCACAGCAAUGCCUGUAUCAUUUUCCUGUUUCUCCUGGAUUUUGGGGCGUCGGUCAUCAUGAUGAGUUACUUCUUGAGUGUGUUUUUCAGUCAAGCGAACACAGCCGCCCUCUGUACCAGCCUGGUGUAUAUGAUCAACUUUCUGCCCUAUAUCGUGCUGUUGGUUCUCCAUAACCAACUGAGUGUUGUCGUUCAGACGCUUCUGUGCCUGCUCUCCACCACCGCCUUUGGACAAGGAGUGUUUUUCAUCACCUUCCUGGAAGGGCAAGAAACAGGGGUUCAGUGGAGUAACAUGUACCAGCCUCCGGAACAAAUGGGCAUGACAUUUGGCUGGGUUUGCUGGAUGAUUCUCUUUGAUUCAGGCCUUUAUUUUUUAUGUGGAUGGUACUUGAGCAACUUGAUUCCUGGAACGUUCGGUUUAAGGAAACCGUGGUAUUUUCCUUUUACCGCGUCCUACUGGAAGAAUUUGUGUGGGCUAGUGGCAAAAAGACCGCCUGCGCCUGGUUCUGACCUGUCCUUCAUCAAUGAGCACUUUGACAAUAAAGGGUCCUUGCAGCAGAACGGGGAGGGAAAGCCUGGAGGAGGCCCACCGGGCGUUGCCCUGGUGUCCGUGACCAAGGAGUACGAACCCCACAAGGCGGCCGUCCGAGAUCUGACCCUCGCCUUUCACAGAGACCAGAUCACUGCCCUGCUGGGGACCAACGGCGCCGGGAAAACCACCGUCAUAUCCAUGCUGACGGGACUCUACGCUCCCACUUCUGGAACCAUCAUCAUCAACGGCAAGAACCUGCAGACAGACUUGUCCUCCAUCAGAAGGGAGCUGGGCGUGUGUCCGCAGCAGGAUGUCCUAUUCGACAACCUCACCGUCCGGGAGCACCUGCUCCUCUUUGCCUCCAUAAAGGCUCCACAGUGGACGUGGAGGGAGCUGUGUCAGCAAGUCAGUAGAACUCUCGAGGAUGUGGAGUUAACACAGCAUCAGCACAAACAGACCCGCGUCCUGUCCGGAGGCAUGAAGAGGAAGCUGUCUGUUGGUAUUGCCUUCAUCGGCCCAGCGAGGACUGUGGUUCUGGACGAGCCCACCAGCGGGGUGGACCCUUGCUCACGCCGCGGCAUCUGGGACAUUCUCCUCAAGUACCGCGAAGGUCGGACGGUCAUCUUCACAACCCACCACCUGGACGAGGCGGAAGCGCUCAGUGACCGCGUGGCCUUCUUGCAGCAGGGCCGGCUUCGCUGCUGUGGGCCCCCCUUCUGCCUGACUGAGGCCUACGGCCAGGGGCUCAGCCUGACGCUCACCAGACAGCCUUCGGUUCUGGAGGCCGAUGACCCGAAGGACAUUGCCCGAGCCACGUCUCUGAUACAGGCCUACAUCCCGCAAGCUUUCCUCAAAGACAGCAGUGGCGGGGAGCUGGUCUAUGGUGUUCCCCAGGAUGCGGACAGGGCCUGCUUCAAAGGGCUCUUCCAGGCCCUGGAACAGAACCUUCAUAGUCUGCACGUGACGGGCUUCGGGAUUUCAGACACCACGCUGGAGGAGGUGUUCCUGAUGCUUUUGCAAGGUUCCAAGAAGCAAUCGGGGGCUGAGUUGGAGCUGCAGGACCAGAAGCCUCCAGAGCGUGCUCCUGGCUACUGUGGCGCCCCGGCAGGGACCCUGCCCGCGGGGGGCAGCCCGCGGCCUCUGGCUCAGGCCACGGCCCUCCUGGUCAAGCGGCUCCAGCACACGCGCCGGGCCUGGAAAGGCACCCUCUCCAAACUGCUGCUGCCCGUCCUCUUCGUGGCCUUGGCCAUGGCCUUGUUCAUGGUGAGGCCUCUGGCCACUGACUACCCUCCCCUCAAACUAACACCGGGCCAUUACGACAGGGCCGAAGCUUACUUUUUCAGCAGCGGCAGCGGCAGCGGGAGCGUGGGCCAGGAGCUCGCCCACGUGCUUUUGCGGAAGUUCGGAGAUCAGGAUCCGCUCUGUGCUGACUUAAACCCAGACCCGAAGAAUUCUUCAUGCUGGCGUGUGGAUCCCCUGUCUCAGCCACGAGUGCAGGAUUCCUGCGGUUGCCUGAAGUGUCCAAACGCAAGUGCUGGGGCUCCCUACCUGACCAACCACCUGGGCCACACUCUGCUGAACCUGUCAGCCUUCCAUCUGGAGGAGUAUUUGCUGGUGCCGUCAGAGAGACCGAGGCUUGGAGGAUGGUCUUUUGGAGUGCAGAUCCCCGAUCAAGUUCAAGAGGCAAAUCCAAAUACAUCGCAACCAGACACUCUGGUGAAGGUGUGGUACAAUCAGAAGGGCUUUCAUUCCCUACCUUCGUACUUAAAUCAUUUGAACAACCUUAUACUGUGGAGACACUUACCCCCUGACCAGGACUGGAGAAAAUACGGAAUAACGCUGUACAGCCACCCGUACGGAGGGGUCUUGCUGAACGAGGACAAGAUCCUGGAGAGCAUCCGUCAGUGUGGCGUCGCGCUCUGCAUCAUGCUGGGGUUCUCCAUCCUGUCUGCGUCGAUCGGCAGCUCCGUGGUGAGGGAUAGGGUGAGCGGAGCCAAGAGGCUGCAGCACAUCUGUGGCCUGGGCUACAGAACGUACUGGCUCACCAACUUCCUGUAUGACAUGGUCUUCUACUUGGUUUCCGUGAGCCUGUGUGUCACCAUCAUCGUCGCCUUCCAGUUAACAGCAUUUACUUUCCGCGAAAACUUGGCAGCCACGGCUCUCCUGCUGGCACUUUUCGGCUACGCAACUCUCCCGUGGAUGUAUCUGAUGUCCAGAAUCUUCUCGAGUUCGGACGUGGCUUUCCUCUCCUAUGUGUCCUUGAACUUCAUCUUCGGGCUCUGCACCAUGCUGAUGACCAUCAUGCCCCGGCUGCUCGCCGCCAUCUCCAAAGCUCAGAAUUUACAGAACAUCUACGAUGUCCUCAAGUGGAUCUUCACCAUUUUCCCUCAGUUCUGCCUGGGUCAGGGACUGAUAGAACUCUGUUACAAUCAGAUCAAAUAUGACCUGACCCACAACUUUGGCAUCGAUUCCUACGUGAGCCCCUUUCAGAUGAACUUUCUGGGCUGGAUCUUUGUGCAGUUGGCCUCACAGGGCACGGUGCUUCUCCUCUUGAGGAUUUGGCUUCACUGGGACCUUCUGCAGCGGCCACGGGGUCAGUCUGCCAUCCAAGCCACAGUCACAUCUUCCAAGGACCUAGAUGUUGAAAAAGAGCAAACAAGAGUGUUAAAAGGAAGAACCAGUGAAGACCUUCUUGUGUUAUACAACCUUAGUAAAAGCUACAGAAGCUUCUUUAAGAGGACCCCUGCUGUGCAAGAUAUUAGUUUGGGCAUACGAAGAGGAGAGUGCUUUGGGCUCCUGGGGCCCAACGGGGCCGGGAAGAGCACCACAUUCAAGAUGCUGAGCGGGGAUGUCCCUCCGACCUCAGGACAUGCUGUCGCCAGGACUCCCACAGGAGAAGUCGUGGAUCUGUCUUUGGCGGGCGCGGCGGGUGUUCGCAUUGGCUACUGUCCGCAGCAGGACGCCCUGGAUGAGCUCCUGACCGGCUGGGAACACCUGCACUAUUAUUGCUGCCUCCGUGGGAUUCCCAAGCCAAGCAUCCCUCAGGUUGCCGGGGACCUCGUGAGGCGUCUACACUUGGAGGGCCAUGUGGACAAACUGGUGGCCACCUACAGUGGGGGUACCAAGCGGAAGCUCUCUACGGCCCUGGCCCUGCUGGGCAAACCUGACCUGCUCUUGUUGGACGAGCCCAGCUCCGGGAUGGACCCCUGCUCCAAGCGGUACCUGUGGACUACGAUAAUGCAGGAGGCUCGGGGGGGCUGUGCAGUGGUGUUGACCUCCCACAGCAUGGAGGAGUGUGAGGCUCUUUGCACGAGACUUGCCAUCAUGGUCAAUGGCAGCUUCAGGUGCCUUGGCUCUCCCCAGCACAUUAAAGACAGGUUUGGUGAUGGUUAUUCAGUGAAGAUUUGGCUCGGUCAGGAAACAAAUCUGCGCAGCGUGAUUUCUGACUGCUUGAAGCUCCAUUUUCCAGGGAUCCAGUUUAAGGGGCAGCGCCUUAAUUUAUUGGAAUAUCAUGUGCCAAAACGAUGGGAAUGCUUAGCCGACCUGUUCGGAGUCUUAGAGAACAACAAGACCUUCCUGAAUAUCAAACAUUACUCCAUUAACCAAACCACUUUGGAACAGGUAUUUAUUAAUUUCGCUACCGAGCAACAGAAAUCCUCACCGUCUACUGUGGCUACACCUACUGGCUGUCACCAGCCACCUCACCUGCUUAUCUAAGCACCGAAGGGGACGUUUCUAAGAGGAAUAAUACCUUGUCUUUUGUUACCAUUCAUCCUUAAAGAUCAAAGGAGCCCUCUCAAAGGAGCGGGCAGUCAGGCUCCUGGUGGCCAGAUCCAUCCGCUCUUCCUUUCGUCUUUGAAGCUGUUGGUUAACGCAAACCAGCAAACUGGAAGUUUGUUUUCUGUAGACUUUCGGGGAGUUCCUCCCAUGUGGCUAAUCCCUUUGUCAAGCCAAGGAGGGGCCAGCUUCUUCGUGACGAGUGAACCCACAGUCCAAGCUGAGACAUUUCGGAGCUGUCAGAGACUGGCCAUUCCCGAACAUUUCACUGUACUUUUAAGGAAACUGAGGCAGCCAAGGCUAGUAACUUUCCUGACUGGUUUGUUUAGGAAAUAGUACCUCGGACUGUUUUCUGUUUCUGUCC